AUGUUCUCUAUUUCUAAUGAUAAAGCUCCGGGUCUUGAUGGAUACAAUAGCUAUUUCUUCAAACAUAGCUGGGAGAUUGUUGGGAGUGAGGUUAUUGAAGCUGUUAAAGAUUUUUUUCACUCUUGUAAGCUCUUGAAAGCAAUUAAUGUUACAUCUAUUACACUUAUACCCAAAGUAAAAAGCCCUUCUCAUGUGAGUGAGUUUAGACCCAUCUCAUGCUGUUCUGUCCUUUAUAAGUGUAUAACCAAGCUGGUUUGCACUAAACUGAAGCUGGUUUUAAAUGAGUUUAUUUCACAAUCACAAGGAGCCUUUGUAUCCAAUAGGAGUAUCCUACACAACAUUCUCCUGUGUCAGGAUAUUGCAAAAAUGUAUAGGAAAAGCCAAAAGCAAAAGUGUUGUCUUUUAAAGAUUGAUCUUCAAAAGGCCUAUGACACUGUUAGCUGGGAAUUUCUUGAAGAAAUAUUAGGGGCUUUAAGAUUUCCUAGACAAUUUGUUCAGCUUGUGAUGACUUGUGUGACUAAUGACCUGAUAUUGUUUAGCAAGGGAGAUUACAAAUCCAUUAACAUGCUUCUGCAAGGUGUUGAGUUGUUUGCUGCCACUACUGGAUUGAAAGCAAAUAAGAUGAAAUCUGAAAUUUAUAGCUGUGGGUUGAAUUCUCAAGAGGUACAGAGACUAUGUUUAAGCUCUGGUUUCACACAUGGUACACUCCCUUUUAGAUAUUUAGCGGUACCAAUCUCUACUAGGAAGCUUUCAUCUGCAGAUUGUGAGAAGCUUGUGGAAAAGAUGGUUGCUAGAAUCAGAGUGUGGAGUACACAUAAUAUCUCAUUUGCUGGGAGAAGGCAAUUGGUUAAUGCUGUGUUAUUAAGCAUCAGUGUCUAUUGGUCACAGAUCUUUCUCCUACCAAAGCUUGCAAUCAAGAGAAUUAAUGAAAUUUGCAGAGGCUUCUUGUGGUCAGGGACGAGUAAUGCUAAUAAACCAGGCCAUGUUAGAUGGGAUGAGGUUUGUAAACCCAAGGUAUUGGGAGGAUUGGGGUUCAGGGAUAUUCAAGCUUGGAAUCUAGCUAUGAUUGCAAAACAGGCAUGGUGCAUAGCUAUGAAGGCAGAUAACUUGUGGGUUAAAUGGGUUCACACCAUGUAUAUUAAGGCCCAAGAUUGGAGUACUUAUGAGGCUCCUCAGUCAGCUAUCUGGGCUUUGAGUUACAUAUGUAAGGCAAAGCAAGACAUCACAAGGAAGAUAGUAGUGAGUUGGAUAUCACAAGCUGAUUACUCUACUGCAGCUAUGUAUAAAAGUCUACCGGACCCUGGAGAAAAGAUGGGAUGGAGUGCCAGCAUAUGGGAUUACUAUAAUAUUCCCACGCAUGGAUUUAUAGCUUGGCUUGCUAUGCUGAGGAGAUUGAAGACUAGGGACAGAUUACAUACUAUUGGGAUAUGCCCUCUGGAUCAAUGCCCUCUAUGUGAGAUUGAGCAAGAAAGUCAUGAGCAUUUGUUUUUUGCCUAUCAGUUUAGCAAGCAAUGUAUACAGCUAAUAAAGCAAUGGCUGGGUACUACAGCUUGUACAGAGAAUUAA